AUGGGUUGGGUUACGCGCGAUUGCGACGAUGGCUCGGCGGCAGUAGAAUUACGGAUCACCCCCCUGCCUCGCACCCUUCCUCCGCCCCGUAUCGUACGGGCCUUCCUCGCCUUCAACCCCCAUCGCAGACCGCCCGCUCCUCCUUCCUCCCCUCUCACCCAUCGUCACUCACUCUCCUAUUUUCCGUCUCUCUCUAUUCCUUCAAUUACCUCCCCCUCUGCGUCCCCUCUCUCUCCCCUCUCCCCCCGCCUCUCCACUCACGUCUCCCACCCCACUCUCCCGCGCUCGCCGCUCGCUCCUCCGCAGUGGGCGCUGAUUUCCCCCUCUAAGCCUCUCUGCCUUUCUGCUCACCGUCUCCCUCCAUCCCUCCUCCCUCCCUCCCUCCAUCCCUCCUCCCUCCCUCCCUCCCUCCCUCCCUCCCUCCCUCCCUCCCUCCCUCCCUCCCUCCCUCCCUCCCUCCCUCCCUCCCACCCUCCCUCCAUCACUUCCCGCCUCCCUCGUUUCCCUCCCCCUUUCCCUCCUUCACUCCUCCCCUCCUCCCACUCUCUCUCCCCAGCGUCCGCCUUCGCAGCGGGCUCUGGCCUGCUGCUCGCCGCACACCACCGCACCUCACCACUCGCCCUCGCAGCCGACCCCACCGACACGCAGCAGCAGGUGCGUGCGGCCUCCACCAUGCUGCCACUUGGCAGCCUCGCAGUGGCCGUGGCUGACGUGGCAGCAGAAGCGCUGCUAACGGUGCGUGAGCCGGGCACAGGCGUGGAGUUCCCCGUGUUGCUGAGCGAUGCGGGGGAGGGGGCGGGGGAGGGGGAGAAGGCGGAGAAGGAGGGGAAGAAGGGGAAGAAAGGGGGGAAGGAGGGGAAGGCGGUGGCAGGGGAUCGCACGCUGGCGGGCGUUGGAGUGCGCAACAAGAACCUGCUGGGGCUGAAGAACAUCAAGGUGUAUGCCUAUGGCGUAUACGUGGACGAAGCGGCACUGAAGAAGCAGCUGAGCAGCAAGUACGGGGGGAUGAAGGGGGAGGCGCUCAAAGGCAGCCGGUGGCUCGUGGAGGACGCCAUCACCGCUGACGUCACCAUGGCCGUGCGCCUCGUCAUCUUCUACAGGCAUCUGAAGAUGGAGCAGGUGCGCAAGGCGUUCAACGAUUCGCUGGGGGGGCGCAUGAAGGAGCUCAGUGGGGGCGUGCCGCAGACGGAGCUGCUGCACAGUUUCACCAAGUGGUUCACAAAUGACAUCAAGCUGCAUCGGGGCACGGUCAUUGACAUCACUCGCCGCCCAGGCCAUGUGCUAGAGACAAAGAUUGACGGCAAGUACAUGGGAUCCACUAAGAGCGCGCUUAUAUCGCGGGCGCUCUUUGAGCUCUAUGUGGGGGACAAGCCAUUCGACAAGAAGGCGCGCGAGGGGCUGGUGGACAAACUCAUUUCCGUCGUGCACUCGUAG